ACUUGUUUUUUUUAUAUUGUAUCAGCUGCAACAUGUCUAAUUCUCUAUAAAAAUUGUACUAUUUCACAUUAUUAUAACGAAGAAGGUUAUUUUAAUCUAGUUAUUUAUCAUCAAUUAUGUAAAAUUAGUACAUAAUGUGGUUGGAAAUUUUUUUAAGGACACGUGUUCUAGUUGUCGAUAUAAUCUUAAUUAUAAAAUUUCGAUGUUUACUUUUUGGCAUAUUAGAGUUCAACAAGAUAUUAAAAGAGAUUUUGCAAUCCUACACUGUUGAUAUUUUCUAUGAUAAUUUAUCGACGAUGUUCUUAGUUAAGGCAUUAAAAUGUUAUUUAUAUUAAAGUAAUAUUCAUUGUUUACUUGAGUACUUACUGAUAUGGAUAAUAUUGAGUGUAUAUACUUUUUGUAAUUGAUAAUAAAUUACCUUUAUUUAGUUGUGUCUUAUGUAAAAGAAGAUAAUUUCGCUCGUUAAUUAUACAAAUUUGGGAUUAUUUUAUUUUUUGUCGAAUUCAUUCAAGAAAAUGAUUUUUUCCCGAGAUUCAGUGAAAAUGCCUCCUGUGCCGCCUCAAAAGGUCGACUUCCCUAAAUUUGUCGAUUCUUUAUGGUGUGUCUACGUUGUUUCGGUUCUUGCAGCCUUCAACGCAGAAUUUGUUACUUAUCCGUUGGAUUUGAUCAAGACUAGACUCCAGAUUCAAGGGGAACAAUCCAAAAAUGGGAAACUCGGUCAGGCACCUUAUAGAGGCAUGUUGAAAACCGCAAUCGGUAUCAGUAAGGAAGAGGGUCUUUCAAGACUAUGGCAAGGAGUCCACGCAGCUUGUAUAAGACACGUGGUUUAUUCAGGUACAAGGAUAAUAACUUACAAACAACUGAAAGAAAACAUCUUCCGACAAACUCCUGAUCAGAAAAUUUUUCCCAUAUGGCAAACAGCGUUAUGUGGAGUGAGCGCAGGAGCUUUCGCCCAGUACCUAGCCAGUCCCACGGAUCUGCUAAAAGUCCAGCUUCAGAUGGAAGGGAAAAGGAGACUUUUAGGUUUACCUCCCAGAGUAAACGGUAUGUGGGACGCCUUCCUCAAGGUAUGGUCGACGGGAGGAAUCAAAGGAUUAUGGAAAGGGUCGGUUCCGAACGUACAAAGGGCGGCUUUAGUUAAUUUAGGUGAUUUAACUACCUACGAUACUGCCAAAAGACAAAUUAUGAAACACACCGAUCUACCUGAUAACUACAUAUUGCACAUUCUGUCGAGUACUUGCGCUGGAUUUGUAGCUGCUUCGAUGGGUACUCCGGCUGAUGUUAUUAAAACUAGGGUAAUGAAUCAACCUAUGGAUGAUAAGGGGAGAGGUGUUUUGUAUACUUCCUCGAUAGAUUGUUUAACGAAAACGGUAAAACAAGAAGGGAUGGGUGCGUUGUACAAAGGUUUCAUUCCCAUUUGGAUGCGAAUGGCACCGUGGUCCUUAACUUUUUGGUUAACAUACGAAGAAGCAGUCAAACUAAUGGGAGCAAAAAGUUGGUGAAACAUGAUGGAACUAUCAAAAAGUCUGAGUUGAAUUGCAGGUUUCGAGAGGUAUACCAACAACUUUUUUAGAUUAUAUUUCGAAAUGAUCCGGAAAAUGUUAUCGAUAUAGAGAAUCCUUGUAGAAUCUCCCAUUUUUGAACUAAUUGUUUUACAAAAUUUUCUUGGUUGGUGUGCCGCGUAUCAAUUGAAUCUAGUAUUCAAAUUUUAAUAAAAAUCGACUGAAUUAUUUUGAUAUUUCGCCUGUAGAUAAUUUUACCCGUUAGCUUUUUACUUUGCGCUGUUUUCUCCUAACAAAUAUACCAAUUAGAGGCUCAAAAGUUUCUUGUAGGUAUUUUUAACUUUAUUGACAGUAAAAUAUAAUUAUUACAAGAGUUGAUUGCAGUAUACCCAAUGGAAGGCAGUUAUAUAUGUUAACAACUGUUUUUAAACGAUUUUUUAACAGGGAUUAUUUCUUUUUUUUUAUUUGGAGUACCAUACACCUUCACCAAUAAAUCUAUUCACUAUAAUUAGCCCUUUAGGUUUACUUAACCCAUUAAUGCCCAAAACUUUUAUCUGAAAAUGUUUUUUUAUCCAAUAAUGGUCACUUAAGGAGUAAUUUCUACCAAUUUAGAAGUUUCAUAAAUUUCCACCUAGCUGAAAAUCAGUAAAUGUAUCAAUAAUUUUUUGCUUACGAGUCACAUUUCUGUAAUUCCUUUACAGGUUCGUUUCGACUUUUUUUUCUGCCCUUUUAUUGUUCCACCACUACAUUGCCUCCCUUUUAGGGUCCUAAUUCUUCCGAAAGCAUUUUUCUACAUCACAGAAAGGCUCUAGGGUCAAUAAGGAUCAAGAUCCUGGACUAUUCUUUCUCAGAACUCUAUUCUUGUUUAUCAGAUUUGAUUCAAUGAUAUAGGAGAUGAAUUCAUAGUCAAUUCAAUUCACAUAUCAACUUCAUGUUUUAAAUUAUGAUUGUGUAUAUUAUGUUUUAUCAAAGUUUCCAAAGUGGUUUAGUUAUUGUCAUCUUCCAAUUUUUUUUGGCUGACAAUAUUGGAAUUUUUGUGUCAUUUUUACAAACCACAUCUAUUAUAGAAGCUUCUAAAAUACCCCAACUGACUAGUUUACUUUAAUUAACCACAUUUACCACCAUGUUUCAUUAAUUGUGUAGAUAAAACAGAUUUUUAAGUAUCCAGUGGUAGUUUUAUAUUAUUAUAAAAUUAACAGUGUUGUAACAUCAAUUCUUGUCUCCAUUUUGUAAAUUGCUGACUAUUUUUUUUAUGAAUUUGUAUCUUUUUACUUCAAUUUAUUAUUCGUAGGUUAUUUAUUAAUUUAAAACCACAAUUCUUAGACCGAUGCUUUAUACUGACUUAUUUUAGUUAGUUUAGCUUCCGUAACUAAUACUGAGUGUACCAGAAAUGCUAAAAAAAUUUAAUUCGGUUUGGAUUUUAGAAACAGCUUCUACCCUAUUUUUAAGAAUAAUUUGUAAAUAAUCAACUGCUAUAGUAGGUGGUAAAAACAUUUAAAAAUACAUGUGUAUAUUUUUGGAAAGUCAUUUUUAACAAUUUAAUUCACUUUUGCAUGUUCGAAUCAUAUUUUAAUUUCGUUUAUUUAACAAAAUUUCAGUUUUCUUUGAUUAUUAUCAUUUUCUUUUUAAUAUUACAAAAUUCAAUCACAAUUGAACCAAAGUUAUUUUAAAAUCAAUGUUCAUGUAUAUUUAGGUAUCCCGCACUGAUCUUAAUUAGAAUUGAUGUUGAUAGUGCCACAAUUUAUACAGAGAGUUAUAUUUUUGCAACUAUAUUUGUAUAUAGAUCAAACCCUAUAAGAUGAUUUUUUGUAUUAUUACUGUUGCUUACCCACAUUAUCUAUAUUUUAUUUUGUUUUAAUUAUUGGAAAUACCCUGUAUAUAUAAAUAGAAUUUUUAGAAUAUAUACCGUUUACCAAGAACAUUGUAGUCUUCAAUUAGAUUUUUAUUGUUUAGUUUUAUUUAUAUUUUUUUGUUGUAUAUCAUGUUAGAAUAAAAAUUGAAAAAAU